AUGACAUACCUCGAGGACUCCCCCCCGCUGCCACCACUGUCUGCCCUAUUCCCACAUCUCAACUCAGAUGCAACAACAUUAACCCCGUCAACUGAUCCUUUCACAAUCACUACUAAGACCGGGUUUCUCCCAUGUCGGCCCCCGCUGAUCCGUCUACCGGAGGCAUUCGACCAGGUCACUGCCGUCGUUGAGGACAUGCCAAUUGUCAAAUUAGAUGGCUCACCUGGCCUACUUGCCACAUUCAAACUCGGGCCACUGAUUGACUCUGGGAAGCUGCCCGACCUGACAUCUGAAAUGGACAAGCUACGCGUUGCCCCAGGGGGUGACUAUGACCUCGAGGCAAUUACAGCAUUGUUCCGUGACUACAGCUUCUUGGCUAGUGCCUAUCUGUUGGAGCCUUGCUGGGAGACAUGGUCGAAUGACAGUAGUGCUGGAAUGUAUGGACUCGGAAGAUCCGUCCUACCUCGAUGUAUCGCCUCACCCUUGGUGAAGGCUGCCGAUAUCCUCGAUAUCCCUCCUUUCAUGUCCUAUGCAGCAUCAUAUGCUCUGUACAACUACAGCAUGGUAUCGCCAGAAGUCGGACCAAGCAUCUACAACAACAUCCGCCUCAUCCGCGCCUUCGAGCUCGGCCUCGACCCGAAAAGCUCAGAAGCAGGCUUCAUCCUCACUCACGUGCACAUGGUACAAGCCACUGGUCCACUGAUCGACGGUGCCACGUCGCUUCUGGCAGCCAUUGAGAACAAUCCAGAUGAUAUUAGCGCCGCAGCUUCAGCGUUCCAGACCAUGCUCGACGCAAUGGAAACCAUCGAAGCCCACAUGGAGCAAAUGUGGAGCCACUCCCUUCCCAAGGACUACAUCUCCUACCGCACCUUCAUCUUCGGCAUCACCAACCAAUCCAUGUUCCCUAACGGCGUCAUCUACGAGGGCACACGCUACGGCGACUCGAAACCGCUCUACUUCCGCGGUGAAUCCGGCGCCAAUGACAGCAUCAUCCCGCUGCUCGACCACAUCCUCGAAAUUCCCAUGCCCAACAACCCGCUCACAGAAAUCCUGCGCGAUUUCCGAUCCUACCGCCCCAAACCCCACCGCGACUUCCUCGCGUGGGUCAUGAGUAAAUCCGCCGAGCUCGGCGUGCGGAAAUACUGCUCUCGCCCAGCAGCAGCACGGAGCUCGGAACCCACUAAAGACUUCAUCCUACCAACUCUAUACCUUAAGCUGCUCGAACAUGUCCGCAGCUUUCGCUGGCGCCAUUGGCUUUUCGCUCGAGAAUACAUCAUCAAGCGCUCGUCGCAUCCGACCGCGACGGGCGGGAGUCCCAUUGUCACCUGGCUGCCAAAUCAGCUGUUUGCUGUCAUGGAUCUCAUGCAGUCUGUGUAUGCAGACAGUGGGUUGAAGGAGGCGGUUGAGUCUAAUGCGGAGAGUCAGGGCGAGGUCAAGGUCGUCCGCGAGAUCAUGCAGAAUGUGGCGAUCCAGAACGAGAAGCUGGACAAGGAGGUCAAGAGGUAUUGUGCUGAACGGGGCGCUUGA